GGGGUAUGCACAGCCAUAUCCUCCGGAGUCCAACAGUUUUCCAAACAAGGACACCUGCAAUCAACCAACACCAACCAGCCCACAUCAUCAUCAGCCUACAUACACAUACAUCGAACCAAACAAGAAGCUGCUGACAAGUCGACGAUCUUUAUAUCUGUGAUGGACAACAACCACGAAAUAUUAUAUGGAAUCGAAUCGAAUGAUGGACAGACCGACGUCUUGCUCUACUUCUUAGCCAUCUUCGUCCCCCCGGCUUCCGUCUUCAUCAAACGCCAAUGCUCGGCCGACUUCUGGAUCAAUGUCGCGCUCUUCAUCCUGGGAUGGAUUCCAGGGGUGAUCCAUGCCUGGUGGAUCAUCUCGAAAUACCCAGACACCUCUACUGCUCCUCAUCCUCAUCAGCAUUCGCAGCAUGAGAAUACCCCCCAUGGCUAUCAACCCGUGCCUAAUUACGGCUCCGUCCCGCCUCCGCCGUUCAAAUAAACCCUUCGGCCGCUCUUUCUUUCUCUUCUCCCCCUUGGACUGUUUCUUUGUUUUUUGUUUGCUUCUUCGUUCUUAGCUCAAUUUGUCUCCUCAAUUCCUGCACCUAUCCCAUGUAUUACCGUUUUUUUCUCUCCACCCCCCGCUCCCCUUGCCUACAAUAUCACCUACCCUUUUUU